AAAAGUCAUUUAAGCAACAACCAAACUAAAAUUGAUGGCUGAAAGUUGCAUUGUUGGAAGUUGGAAGGCCCAACACGUGAUUCCUACUAGACUACUACUAUUCUAUCCAGAAACCAACAGCCCCUGCUUCUCAUUUGCUCUGACUUUCACUGUUCACACCAGGAUAUGAUGAGCGCCAUAUCAAGCCACCAUUGUAAUUGGUCACUAGGAUUUCAAGAGCAUCUUAUCAAUGGAAGAUUUAAGAAGAUUCCAUUUCCAGGAUAUUCUGGUACAUAUCCUCCUUCCAGAGGACUGGAAAAACUAGUUUUUCUCCAUGGUCAAUGCAUUGCUUAUAGAUAUCAUCGAAGUGUUAAGAAAUUCAGGCCUGCCUUGUCCAGUAUGGUGGAUGAUGGCAUGGAUCCAGAUGAUCCACAAGAUGGGAAUAAUGAGAAAGAAUCUCCAAAAGGCGAUACUGAAGGAUUGAACAGUGAGAUGCUUCGGGAGAAUCUCGAAAGAAUGGCUGGUACAGAUGAUUCUGCGUUUAGCGGGAUAGACCUUGCAACCCUUAUUAGGAACAAGUAUGGGAGGUCUUAUGAUGUACAACUAAUAAAGAAGGAGUUCAUGGGAAAAAAUCUUCUUGCUUUGAAUGUGAUGUGGAAAUACAUGGAGCAGAGAUCAUUUCCGCUGACUGAAGAAGAGUAUCUAUUGAGGCUUGAUGAUGUGGCAAAUACAUUGAAAUGUUGGGGAGCUGUCUCACAUAUUCGAAACAGCUUGACAAAGUUGAAAGAGCGGCCUCGGAUAGGAAAGGCAGUUAGCAUUUUUAUAGACAUGGAUGAGUCCGGAGGCCGUGCAAACGAAUGGAUCUACAAGUAGACAGCUCGGGAGAGUCAGAAUUUUCCAUGAAUCGGUUAUGGUUUUCAGGUUUAUGAGGGAGGAACCAUACCCACCAAUAUAACAUUGCCAUCAAUCGAAGGUCAAGUCUCCAUUUUAAUUGUCGUUUGAUCCGUAGAAGUCCUACAAUCAAUUGUUUUAGUGAUGUUUCUGAUGGCAGCAGGCCACGAAGAAGCUUGUUGCCUUGUGCUUCCAACUUGUAUAUUACCCAUAUACAUUAUAGUAGCAUAUGAAGCCUCCAUAGAUUAUAAUUUCGAAGCCUUGUGAUUUUAAUCAUA